AAAGAAUUCGAUGACUGUAACAGUGCCUUGAUCAUCAUCCGCACCCGGGGCCGUAGCUCGAAGAACCGGGUGUAUUGGACUGCUCAGGUCUUUGGCUCGUUCUUCAUCGAUGCAUUUGAAAUGGUCCUGUGCGUUCCUCUGCUGGUCUAUUGUAGUCGUCUUUGUUUACCUGAGCAUACUUUUAUCGAAAUUUCCUCGACUCCAUAUGGCAAACAGCUACUGGCUGAUGGGUGCUAUAUCUAAUGACCCCGCAAAGUUCAACUUUGCUGGCUUCUACAAUUGCUUCCAGUCUUCUAGAUCUGCUAUCGUUUGGCGCCUCGACGCUCUACACAUGAACAUCUUCAUUUCUACUUGAGUCUUAGUCACUGCUGGCAUGAUGUUCGCCUUCCCUUUGCGUACAGAAUCGCACGGAGAUUGACGAUGAGGCAUUGUCAGUUUCUAUGUUACCU